UGAUGGAUAUACCGUGUUUCCCCCCAAAAUAAGAACCUGACUUAUAUAUUUUUUGCCACCAAAAAGGCACCAGGUUUUACUUUUUGGAGGGGAUGUUCGUCCACUGACUCACCUUUCUUACGUGUGUUGCCCCCAGCUGUUGUGACCCAUGCCCAAGUAGUUAUUACCAGACACAAUCAGUCCUAAACAAACAUAUUUUAUUCUCAGCUUCAUCCAAAUUAAGUCCAAAACAAAGUCCUUCAGAAAAAGUCCUUCGGCCUUAUCGCAAACCUUUGUCUUCUUUGGUACCCUGCCAAAGGCUUUUCUUGGCAAGAACCCCACAAAGUUCAGAAAAAAGAGACAAGAAACAAUUGUAGCAAGGUUGCUUUCCUACAAAGCACCCAAGAGCCGUUGCUGCGCUUUUAAGCCUUAUGGGAGGGGCCAAUCAUCUCUUGGCCUUACUCCCAAGUCGUCCUUUUUGUUUUAGCUGCUCUUGCCUUCUGGCAGCUCUUCGCAUGCGUGCACUAGGGACAGGCUCCUCCUGCUCCUCUGCCUCUCCGCUGUCUGCCUCUGGAGGCUGCGCAUCCCAGAUGGCUCUGGCCCCUUCUCUGCCUCUGAUGCAGAGCCCUUGUCCAGCCCUUCCCCUGACUCUAGGACUGACCCAUUGUCCUCCCCAGCCUCCUCACUGUCCGACUCCACUGCCAGGUCCGCAGGCUGCUGGCGGACCACAACACCAGCCUCCUUUUCAUUACCAGAGGCUUUCAUGAAUUUCUUUGGCUUCGGAUAGUUGCAGCCAGGCCUCGCACACCUCAGCCCAUUUCUACUGCAGCCAGAAAGACUUUCCUGAUGGCCUCUGCAGCUGAUAACAAAGUUCCAGAUUGAUCCGGCUACAGAGGAAAGCCUCGGGAAAGCCCUGCCAGCUGCAGAAGAAAUGGGGUGAGGUUUGUGAGGCCUGGCUACAACUCUCCGAAGGUAAGUAGUAGGGCACCACCACCACCACCCCUCCCCACCCUAGCUUAAUUUUUACCCGUGCACCCUGGAGUGGGCAGGGUCUUAAUUAGGGCUUAUUUGGGGGGCUUAUAUUGGACACAUAUAAAAAUCAAGCUAGGACUUACUUUCCAAGUAGGCUGUAUUUUUGGGGAAACUGUAGUUAUGGAAAGUGACAGUAACGAUAAAGGAGAAUAUUUGUGGCUCAGGGUUAGAGCAGCAUGGUGGUCUAAUGGUGGCAAUGUUCUCCUCCCACUCCGAAGCUUGGGAGUUCAAUCCUAGGUAGCAGCUGAUGUUUCUCUCCUAGGGUGCAAAGUAAAAAACUUCUGCGAACUUGACAUAGGUGUCAGGAAGGGCAACUGGCUAGUAAAUGCUCAGCUCCCUCCAGCUACCCUGAAGUAAGGGAUUGCAGGGUUGUAAAGGGGAGGGUAGAUCUGUAGCUCAGCUUGAAAUGAGGGGUCCUCGGUGCUUGCUGAGCUUGGUUGUUUUCUUGCAGACUUUUCAUUACUAGGUAACAUCAUCCAUCUAGGGAUGUGGUGGCUUAGUGGCUAAGACGCUGAGCUUGUUGAUCAAAAGGUCGGCAGUUUAGCGGUUCGAAUCCCUAGUGCCGUGUAACAGGGUGAGCUCCCGUUUCUUGUCCCAGCUUCUGCCAAAUUAGCAGUUCGAAAGCAGGUAAAAAAUGCAAGUAGAAAAAUAGGGACCAUCUUUGGUGGGAAGGUAACGGCAUUCCGUGCGCCUUUAGCAUUGAGUCAUGCCGGCCACAUGGCCACUGAGACAUCUUCGGGCAGCGCUGGCUCUUCGGCUUUGAAACGGAGAUGAGCAGCACCCCCUAGAGUCGGUAACGACUAGUACAUAUGCACGAGGGGAACCUUUUCUUUUACCUUUUAACAUCAUCCAUGAUGGUAACCACCUUCUUUUAACCCCAGCUAGUACGAAAAAUCACGAGUGGACCGGAAGAAUCGUGAGUCAUCCCCAAAGAGGAAUCUCUUAUGGCAACUCCAGGAGACUUGACAUCUUCUCCAAAUGAGACACAGAAGGUCCCUGAGGGUCUUCCUGCUUCAGAAGAACCGGUUGGAAAAGGAAGCAAGGCUAAAGUUCCUCCCAAAGGAGGAGAUUCCUGCCCAGUGAAGUCCUCCAGAAGAUCUACCCUAAUAAAGCCUUACAAGCGCAAGGAGCGUAGGACAACUUUUCAUGGAGACACUGGGCUAGCAAAACACUUGAAGGGACAUGCCAGGUACAGGAGCUAUAAGUGCGUGAUUUGCGAGAAGAGCUUCGGCAAGAAAUCAGGCCUCUUAAUACAUCAGUGGAGCCACACACAUUCGAAGGGUUUGGUAGGUCUUGAAUAUGGGACAAUCGUUGGCCAAAGACCACAACUUCCAAUCUGUAAUGCAGCCCGUCUGCUGAAGGCAACCAACCAUGACAAAAGCCACCCGAGAAAACACAGAGAAGAAGGAACGUACCGCUGCCGGAAGUGCAUGAAGAUAUUUUUUUUCCACGAGAAUUUCAUAAAGCAUCAGAAAAUCCAUUUGCCACCAGUGCCGGGCCAACCUCGAGCAGGGAAUCCUUGGAUAGACCAGAAAGCCAAACCAGAGGAAGCGGGAAGGGAUCAUUCUGAACUCCUGCUUGAGGAAUUGACCAAGAUGAGGCAGAAUUUUGACCUGCUUAUCCUCAACCAACAAGCUCAGCUUCAGGUUUUGCAGGGAAUUCAGAGACAAUUGAAUAUUCUUCUGCCUGGAAACGAUUUAAUCAAUUCCAACAUAUCCCGCCUUGGUCUUCUGUUGAGUCAGCAGGCCGCAGCAAUGAGAUCCAUCUCUCUCUCUUUCUUCUUCAAUCCCAGGAAUCUCCUUCCAGAAAGCGCACCUCCUUUUUCUUCUUAAAUAUCUUCUUAGUCCAAUAUAAAGUGAGCUGCUCCAAGGGUUCCUGAUGAGCUUCAGUUUUUUGUUUCUUUUUUUAGAAUCCGUCAAACAGUUCCUGGAGACAUUUUUUGAACAAAUUAAAUGCUAUGUCUACAGCCCAGCCCAAAUAUCUUUUUAAUGUAAUUAGCCUGACUCAUUCAACCAUGGUAUAUCUAUUCCCAAGUCUUAAUGUAGGUUUCCUUCGCGUUAUAGGACUAUCUUGUUUCAUUUAGACCCAGUUUAGUAUAAGAUUGUUCCAUCUGUCUUUGCGUUCGUAGCUGAACCACAGGGAGAUCUGGUUUUCGAUUUCUUUACAUCAGUGGAAAAGCACUCGGUAACAUUGAAUUCUGAGAGAUCUGUUUUAACAACACAACUAACCAGAUCUAUUCAUUUUUAAAUCCAUGUUCAGGACUGGUCUGUGUUAAUACUCACUGAUUUUUAACAUCUCUUAUGAUGACUGGCUCCCUAGAAGAGUGGGUGGGUGUGGCCAUGGUGGAGGUGGCCAAGACAGCCUCCUGCACCAUGGCGAGGGGGGAUUUUUGCCCACCCUGGGCUCCAGAGGCUUCCUUUGAGCCUCUGGGAGGGCAAAAACAGCCCCCCAGGCUCUGGAGGCCAGAAAAAGGCCUGCAUCAGGCCUUCCUGAACUUCCGGUAGGCCCA